AUGGAGUCAAAACGGCAUCUGUGGCUGAUCCGCAGUUGUGCCGAUUGGACGGAUCCAGAAAGCCUUUCUCGCUUGGCUUUGGCAUCCAAGCAGCUACAACAAGCCGAUGAGGAGGAGCAUUGGACGACUUUAGCUUCACACUUGGUGCUGCGGCGGCUUCACCUUGACACUGAAGUUCAGCCUUUCAGCGAGGUUUCUGCCACAAGUACUUCACCGAAGGAUCCCGAGGAUAUCCAGGAUGCCAAGGAUGCAACCCUGAAGAUCAAGAUCUUGCAGGUGUACUAUCCCGUGUUCCAGGUGAGAAACCGAGUUCGCGAACUUUGGAAGAACAUCAAGUCCCUGUGGAAAACGAUGCUUCCUGAAGCCUUAGAUAGCUUGCUACCAGGGCUCACAGAACAGCAAAUUGAAGGACUUGAAGAACGCUUGGGUUGCCAAUUUCCAGAGGAUCUUGCAGAGAGCUUGAGACUGCAUGAAGGUAUGAGAGAAUCGGGGCGCAGAAAAGGACAAUUCCUGCUAGAGUUGGCUCGAGAAGACAUUUACACGCUUUCCACUGUUUGCCUGCGUGCUGCUCGAGACUUACCCGACCUUGUGGAGGAUGCGAAGAGCAGCGCCAAACAACUCACAGGCUGCCGGCAGUUCGCCGGCCGUGGUGUCGUUUCCUUGACUGCCAUAGCCUACGUGGCGGAAAGCCCCCAUCAAUUCGGCCAAAGCCACUGGCUGCCGCUUUUUGAAAGCGAUUGUCUUUCUCCUCCGUAUUCGCGAAAUGUUCUUAUAGCCUUUCCUCACCGCGGUCGGGUGACAUUGCUUGAGUCAUUGGGCAAGCAUGGGCAGCGUCCAAGACGUCGGUGUUCAUCGUCCGGCUACGGUAACACCCGUCGGUGUUUGCAUGAAUCAGGAGCCGUUGGCUUUUUGGAGAUCCACGGCUUUUGCGGUCCUACCUGGUAUGGUCAUGCUACCUGCUUCGAGGACUUUCUGCGGGAGAGUCUCGAGAUGUUGGAGGCCAUCCAGCGUGCGUGGUCCAAGCCAUGUUCUGGCUGCGACGUAGAUUGGCUGGGUUGGCACUGUCCCCAGUGCAAACGGAUUGUCGGAGAAUCCUUUAGUCAAGCCUUGGACCGUGUCCUUCCAGUGAUUGCAAGGCCCAGUGAACCUCUUCCCAGUCAGCGCACCUUGAUCCGCCAUUCUUGGUGGAGAUCCGUAGUAAAUUCCUGCAGAUGGGACCAGCGCUUUGUCGCAAAACGGGUGGAGGGUGCACCAUUCAUGGGUUGA